CGCCGCUCGGUUUCAGUUCGUCCGGGAGGAACUAGACGACCGGAGUUCCCCUUAAAAUGGUGGCGACACACGGCCUGGCGUAGUAUCACCCGGGAGACGUACGCAAACCAGCACUUUCCCUUCCAACACUCCCUCCUGCCCUCCCCUAUUUUGCCUCGCCUCUCAGUUUUCGUUUUUUUUUCUCCUUACUAGGCGCCAGCAUUACAUACCACGCUUGCUAGAGCUUAUUUUUCAGUUCAACCGGCUUCGUUUAGCUUUUAAAUAUCUGUUGCUUUUUAUUAAGACGUUAAUUUGCUGAAUCGGGUUGGAAAGUUUCCUUUUUAAUUUUAAAAGCCCGUAAGAUAUAGCAGCCGUCGAACGUGACGUAUUAACGCUUACAUAGGCUUAUAAUACACGUUUAGCCAGCACAUACUGUGUCCGUAUAAACAGCAACCUGAAGGUGGAUUUCGGCCGUUUGCAGAUCACGAACAGCAUUAGACUCCCCAGCUAUAUUCUUGCAUCUCUCAAUCAAGCUCCACCCCUGCUCCCACAAUCCCAUAUUUCCACUUCCAUGGCUGUGUGCAUGACCUUGCUGAUGGGAUGACUUCCCCAUUGGGCCAAGGAAGGAGAUCCCAAAGAGGACAGUGUAUAGCUUGAACGUUGUGAAAGAAGCUACGGAAGGUGUCGGGGAUUCAGUCCAGCUGGCCUCUCACCCAGAAUGCUCUUGUGACAACCCACACCACUAAUGACCCAGACACUCCUGGUCUGCUCUCCACGUUUACUCUUCUGCUGCGGUCAAAGUGACUCCACUCUGAACACGUGGAUCUGGGACGCCUGACCAGUGAGAGGAAAUCAGAACUCCCUGUGCUGCUGCCAUGGCUGUCAGCGUGGCACUGGGUCGUGACCCCAAGUGGCUGACGCUGGAGGUGUGCAGGGAGUUUCAGCGGGGCACAUGUUCUCGCUCUGACGGCGAGUGCAAGUUCGCCCAUCCCCCGCGCAGCUGUCACGUGGAGAAUGGCCGUGUCGUGGCCUGCUUUGACUCACUCAAGGGGCGCUGCACACGUGAGAGCUGCAAGUAUCUUCACCCCCCACCGCACCUGAAAACGCAACUGGAGAUAAACGGACGCAACAACCUGAUCCAGCAGAAGACAGCGGCGGCCAUGUUGGCUCAACAGAUGCACUUUCUGCUUCCUGGUGCCCAGCUGCAGCCAAUUCCCGCCUUUCCGGCCGCACCCUCCCUAGCCGCCAGCCCCAGCAUGGCCUUCAGCCCUUACCUGAGCCAGGUGAGCCCAGGCCUGGGCAUCAUGCCGGAGCUUCUCCCUGGGGGGCCUCUACUGGUCCCAGGGAGCCCUGGGAGCCCUGGCAGUGGCAGCCCCAUACAGAAGCCACCUCGCGUCGACAAGCUAGAGGUGUGCCGGGAGUUUCAGCGUGGCAGCUGCACACGGGGCGAGGGAGACUGCCGAUACGCCCACCCGCUGGAGGCGGCCAGUGAGAAUUUUGUGGUGGUGUGCAUGGACUACAUCAAGGGCCGCUGCAUUCGGGACAAGUGCAAGUACUUCCACCCCCCCGCCCACCUGCAGGCCCGUGUCAAGGCCGCCCAGCAGCAGGCCAGCAGCCAGAGCGCCGCUGCCACCGGAUUGGUGUUGCCCCCAGGCCCCCUUCUGCCCAUCCCAAAGCGAACCUCUGUGGAGAAGAGCAAUGGCACCACUGUCUUCAGCCCCAAUCUCUUUCAUUACCAGCAGGCCCUACCCAGCAUGCACCUGCAGCAGCCCGCCUUCGUUCCCACAGUCCCCAUGAUGCACGGCGCCACGUCCUCCGCACCAACGUCCACAGCAGUCACUGGCAUGCUGUUCAGCGACACUGCCGUGUCCUCUCAGUAGAGCCGACCAAGAUUCUGAGUGCCAUGCUGGCCCAGCUUAGCAGCUCCUCCUGCCCUUAGUCCCCAGGAGUACAUCCCAUGAGCCCGAUGAAACCACUGCCAGACAGCGGAAGGAUCGCCCACUUCGAGACCCCCCCAGCUGCAUGGCUCAGAGGAGAUGUAUAUCUCUGCUUAUGUAAUGUUCUCCUUGCACCUCAAGGCUCACCGUCAGCACGGCCCAACUCUAUUGCAUGCCGAAACAGGAAGCUCACCUUGCUGCACUUCCUCUGGACACUGCAGCCAACUGCUCACAUUCCAACCAGUGCUUUGUAUAACUCUUUACGACCUGUGGCACAUGACUGUUUACCUGGAAUGUAGGGAACCCCAACGGUUCUUGUGUAGUCUUGCACGAGUCUUGGUUCGCUGUGUGUCCUCUUUAGUCUGUAGUCUGCAGCUCACUUUUGCAUCCCCUUUAGAUUGUAGUCUGCAGUUCAGUUUGUGUUCUCAGAGCAGAUAGCCUUGUAUUUUAAGGUCAUUCCUUGGAGCUUUUGUAGUUUGAGCGUUGACCUGAGGCUUCCAUGAUUUUGCAGAGACCUUUGCUUUAGGUUGUGUGUGUAUGUGUCCCUGGUUCUUACAUCGUUACCGCUAUGCUCCGUUGAAGCUUUCAUAGACUGGGUUAGGGGACUGGCUGGUGGUUGUUUGUGUGCCAGGAAGCUAAUGUUCCUCCACACUCACACUUUUUCCCUGAAUGUUUCCUGUUUAAUUAGAACCGCCCACCAGAAUUCCUUACAAGAAGAGGAAGACUGCAGUGGAGGCAAAAUCUGAUUGUUUGACUGGGAAUCUGUUUAUCUUUGAGUGGACUCUCUAUUGCUGUGUUGGUAAUACCAAGAGCCCCCAUCCCCAAGACACAGUCAGGCCAGAUCACUGCCAGGUCAUGCUGGCUUCCCAGUUAGGCUGGUCUCAUUGACCAGACGUGCAACAGGACUGUUCACCCCUCUGAGGCGGAGGGACACCUGUUUGCCCACUACGCCUCAUGUGUGGAGCCUUAAUGACAGGAAGCAUAGCACAGAGGACAGUCACAGAUCGCCGUGCUCAUUGCACUGCUUUGCUUGUUAUGUUUGUGUCAAUAUUUUCAUAAUGUCAUUCUUUUAUUUCGUGUACGGCUCGUGGAAGCCAUAGCAUGUGGGGGCCUUGAAGCGAAUACUGAAUUUCUAGACGUCGAGACACGGACACAAACACUUAGAGCAGCCCUGUCCUGGUUUGGAUAGGGCUUCAAACUGUCGUAUGGAUCUAUUUUUGUGUGCUCGGCUGAGCGGGUCUGGAUAUUGCAGCAGCUCUUGGCAGGCAGACUGCCUGCAGGCUUUUGUUGGAUGCCCUUCAAUCAGCAUGUUCUAGAAGCCAAGAGGAAAACAAACCCAGCAGAUUAAAAGAAAAGUGUGACAUAGUGACUAAAGCAGGCAGCUGUGUGAGACAGGUCUGCCGCCCCAGCUGACUGGAUUUUUGUGUCUGAAUGCUCACCGGGUCUCGCUGUUUGUCUCUCUGUCUGUGUGAUAAUAUGGAUUUUUGCCUUGUCCAACUGCUGUUCAGCUGGAAACACAGAAUACUUGAUGAAACCUCCCCAAGUGUGGAGAUCUAAUACCUUUUGUCAGUACGCUGACAUCUCUAGCAAACGUGAGUUCAUUAGUUUUCUAGGAGAAUUUAUGUAUAAGUUCACUUAUAACCUAACUGGCUAUUUUGUUUAUAGAUCUUUUAUUUGUCUUGUAAAUCUUAUUGCCAUUAGUAUUAUUUUAGUUCAUAAGUGUUGAUAAUCUUUUUAAUGAGAGUGAAGCAUUGUCUGUUUGGUGGAAGUAUUUGUGACUUUUUAAAUGAUUUUUAAUUGAUUUUACAUUAUACAAAAAUCUAUAGCAUGAAACGUACAUUUAUACUUAGGUGUGUAGUUUGUAGUUUAAGAAAAACGAGAGAAAUAAACCAAUAUAUUAGAUGUAUACAAACAUUUGUAUGUAACUAAACAAUGAUAGAUUCAUUGGUAUAAUUGUAAGUUGUUGUUGCUGUGGCAACAAAACUACAACUUGGCUGCAUUUGUAUGCAUUAAUUGUGAAUUUUAUCACACGUAUGUUUAAGUAAUGUACAAGUUAAGUUAUUCAAAGAAGGAUGGCGUGUGGGACAGAAUUUGAUAGAUGAUUUUUUUUUUUUUUACCUUAAAUCCAAAGGUCUUUGGGUACAUAUUUUUUGUGUUUUUAUUUUCUUUGAGUGUGUAGUUUUGUUUGUGUGACGUCACAAUCACACACCGAUCCUCAGCAUCUCAAAUUCACUCGUUUCUCAUGUUUUCAGACAUUGUCUCAUGUAGACCUUCAACGCCGAGCAGUCUGCAGGUCCUGCGGCGUUUUUGUCCAGUAUAGCUAGUCAUAUUGUGUACCUGUUACAUGAAACCGAUGGUCCAUCUUAUCCUUCCUGCUGUGCUCUGUGUGUGUGUGUGUGUGUGUGUGUGUGUGUGUGUGUGUGUGUGGGGGGAGGGGUGGGUGGCGUCAUGCAAAUUGUUUGCACUUAUGUACAGAAACAAGUCUUGUUUUUUUUGUUUUGUUUUUUUUAAAAAGCAAGAAAAGAUGAGGCCUGUGUUCUUUAUGCGGGUAAACAAUGAUCUUCUAGAAGUUUGUAAAAGAAUUAUUUAAUUUUUAGAUUUUGAUUUAGAUUUUAAUGGCUUUUGCCUGUUUCUGAAAUCUUAACUGUCACCUUGCUGAUGAGACGGUCUGUGUGGAGAAGCACUGGGAAACUGCAGUGGGUGUGGAUCGGAGCUGAGCAUGACUUUAUGGGAGAGUGUGGGUGGAGCUUAUGUGGUGAGGGGGUGGAGCAACCCAGCACGAGGGCCUCAACCUUACACCUAGUUGUCGUUCUGCCAGAAAAGCCAUUAUAGCCUGACACAGACUGUCAGGGGACAGAGCCUGCAUUGAUAUUUUUUUCCUUUGCCUUAAUGGCAUUUUUUGACAUGUUUUAGCCAGUGUGCUAGUUAGCCAAACCAAAACAAGUGCCAAUUCCAGUAGAGGAGAGCUGAGGAGCUCUGACUGCUGAAAUAAAUGUGCAAUCUGGGGUCCUGCCAUUGGCAAAAAAGUCCCUGCAACAUUAUUAUUGUUACUUUUUUAAGAAAAAUUAUUUACAACACGUCUUUGUCUGGAAGAACUAACUAAAAUACGCUGGGCAUUGAACUGCACUGAAUUUUCCUUCAGGCCCAGGUUGGUCUGCACUGACCCCUGCAGGCUAUCUGGGGAAUAGCAUGGUAACCAAAGUUAGCUUGCUAGCUUUUCGGACAUCCGAGGUAAUCGGCAUAUAGCUUGUAUUGUUUGCCUUGUGUCUUAUCGAAAGAUCUUGUUACUUUGCUAAAAUCAUGGCAGCGGAAAAUAAACACUCACACAGACCCUGCCAAUCAGAAACGGAAAUACUAAUGUCAUUUAAAUUCAGAAGGCAAGCGCCCAAGGUCUCACUCUGUGGAAUUAAAUCAGGGUGUACUCUGGCUCAGAUGGAACCUGUGCAGCUGGAUGAGAACAGGAGAGUAAUGGGUAUUCAUUAUUCAUUAAUGUUUUAUUUAGGAGCCAAUUUCUGCAAAGUUGUGUAGUGUUUUUUAUUUUUUAUUUUAUUUAAACAAAGAAAAGCCUUUUUGGGGGAUCUUGUACAUUUUUCUGUGGGAAGCCGAUGUAACAGUGCUGGAAGCCAAUGAUUUUGUUGCCAUGGCAAUUGUACCCUAGCUGUGGAGGGAGGAGUCUCACCAGGCUGUGACUGUAAGAAGCAGCCCUUUAAUCGUUGGAAGGAACUCCCUCCAUCCAGCGGAGCAGAGGAGCAGUCACAGUUGCAUUUAUUUCCACUGUGCCUCAUGGGAAAAUAUACUGUGCCGGGGUGGACGGACCGUUUGCCUCUAUGUGCAUUGUGAGGCAGGAGAAUAUGGCUUCAUUGUGCCACCCCAGCUCUCCACAGUUUCCUUGCUGGCUGGCAGAGAAGAGAGGAUCAGAGUGAAGACAGACCAGGCCAAUCAGAAAGCAUUUCGGGUUUGGAGGAGGGAGACAGCCUGGCCCGGAGUUAAUCAGAUUCUUUCAGGGUGGGGGUCUGCACCAGUGUUUGCGUGUCAGGCAGGACAUGUGUUACGCAUUAAAGCCAUAUCUCAAAGGCUCCUCUCUCCACUGCAGGACGUUAACAAAUGAGAAGUUUUCUGUUUGUUGCUUAUAUUUCAAUGGCGGGUAUCGUUUUCCUUCUAAGCGUUUCACAUGGCUAAUGGUGAAUGUGUGUAAGUCACAGCUUCUCUCGUGUGGCUUCUCUUCAUUUUUGACCGAUCUUUUAAAUAAAGCACUUAAUUGUCAA